CGGCGCGGCCCCGCCCGUCCUGCCCGAGGUGGCGGCGGCCGCCGUGAGCUGCGCUGCACUGCCGGCGGCUGGGCCCGGCCCGGCUCGGCGCCGCCAUGGCCUCCGACAGCGAUACCGAGGAGUUCUACGACGCGCCCGAGGACGUGCACCUCGCCAGUGCCUCCCCCGCGCCGUCACCAAUCAAACUUGGAUCCCCCCAUGGAUUCAAGGAUACAAACAACAAACUCCAGAAAGCUGCAGAUGAAACCUUUGCACCAGAAAUGAAGCAAGAUGAUUCAAAAGAGAUCAUUGACAGUAUUAUAGAGGAAAGCCAGAAGGCACAGGAGCUGGAUGGUGACUCUCUAGCUCCUGCAGAGGCAGAACUGACUCUUCCAACUCCAGAUGCAGAUGCUUGGGUCUCUGGAGCACUCAUUGCUAGUCCUAUGCCAGAAGUCCUAGCUGCUAAAGUGCCACUCCAGGAAGAUCCUGCAGAACCUGUCUGUGGGGACACUGAAUUGGACUCAGGGAAGCUUUUGUUUACUUCGGAGCAACAGGGAGCUGCUAAACUACCGAAAGGCACCGAUUCCACCCACCAUAAACCGGCUGAAGCUGAAGCGCAGGAAGGGACCUCGACGACUGAGGAGGACAUCCCAGACAAAAGAGAGGCCAGCACUUUAGAGCUGAUGGCUUCAGAUUUAUCUACCAAAGACGAGGAGGUGCCUCCGGCAAAGCCCCCGAGGCAGCUCACUGUAGAGCCUGACAUAGUUGCUAGCACAAAGAAGCCUGUCCCGGCGCGGCCACCGCCUCCCACCAACCUUCCUCCCCCGCGCCCGCCGCCGCCGGCACGGCCAGCGCCACCGCCCCGCAAGAAGAAGAGCGACCUGGAGAUUGAAGUGCAAAAACCCGGUCUAGAAGUUUCUCGAGAGGCCUUCCCAGCUGGUGGCUUUUUAACCCCAAAUACAGUGACAGAAGGUGUGCCCAAAGAUUCUCAGCCUUCUUUGGACCUGGCCAGUGCAACCAGUGGAGACAAAAUAGUCACUGCACAGGAAAAUGGGAAGGCAGCUGAUGGCCAAACAACAAAUGAAGUCCUUGGACCACAAAGACCCAGGUCUAACUCUGGAAGAGAGCUGACAGAUGAGGAAAUCCUAGCAAGUGUCAUGAUAAAAAACCUUGACACAGGUGAAGAAAUCCCCCUGAGCUUGGCAGAAGAGAAGCUGCCCACAGGGAUCAAUCCCCUAACUCUGCAUAUCAUGAGGAGAACUAAGGAAUACGUCAGCAACGACGCGGCGCAGUCGGACGACGAAGACAAGAUGCAGGCACAGCAAACUGACACUGAUGGAGGGAGGCUGAAGCAGAAAACGACCCAGCUGAAGAAGUUCCUGGGCAAGUCUGUGAAGCGAGCCAAGCACCUGGCCGAGGAGUACGGCGAGCGUGCCGUCAACAAGGUCAAGAGCGUCCGAGACGAGGUCUUCCACACAGAUCCAGAUGAUCCCUCUUCCAGUGAUGAUGAGGGGAUGCCAUACACCAGACCAGUGAAGUUCAAAGCAGCUCAUGGCUUCAAGGGACCUUAUGGUUUUGAACAGAUCAAAGUGGUUCAGGAUCUCAGUGGAGAGCACAUGGGCGCCGUCUGGACCAUGAAGUUCUCUCACUGCGGCCGGUUGCUCGCCUCGGCAGGCCAGGACAACGUGGUCAGAAUCUGGGUCUUGAAGAAUGCUUUUGACUACUUCAAUAACAUGAGAAUGAAGUACAACACAGAAGGCCGUGUCUCUCCCUCCCCAUCUCAAGAGAGUCUGAACUCUUCCAAGUCUGACACUGAUGCAGGGAUCUGCAGUGGAGUCGAUGAGGACCCAGAUGAUAAAAACGCUCCCUUCCGCCAGCGACCCUUCUGCAAGUACAAAGGGCACACAGCAGACCUCCUUGAUCUCUCUUGGUCUAAAAAUUACUUCUUGCUUUCUUCUUCCAUGGACAAGACUGUCAGGUUAUGGCACAUAUCAAGAAGGGAAUGCCUUUGCUGUUUCCAGCACAUCGACUUUGUCACUGCCAUAGCCUUCCACCCACGGGAUGACAGGUACUUCUUGAGUGGGUCACUGGAUGGGAAGCUGCGACUCUGGAAUAUUCCUGACAAAAAGGUGGCUCUCUGGAAUGAAGUGGACGGGCAGACAAAGCUGAUCACAGCAGCCAACUUCUGCCAGAACGGCAAAUACGCUGUCAUAGGCACCUACGAUGGGCGCUGCAUCUUCUACGACACCGAGCACUUGAAGUACCACACCCAAAUCCAUGUGCGAUCCACCAGGGGCAGGAACAGAGUUGGAAGGAAAAUUACUGGCAUUGAGCCCCUGCCUGGGGAGAACAAGAUACUGGUGACAUCCAACGACUCCAGAAUCAGGUUGUAUGACCUCAGAGACCUGUCUUUAUCUAUGAAAUACAAAGGUUAUGUCAACAGCAGCAGCCAAAUCAAAGCCAGCUUUAGCCAUGACUUCACCUACAUUGUAAGUGGCUCAGAAGAUAAAUAUGUUUAUGUUUGGAGCACAUACCAUGACCUGAGCAAGUUUACAUCGGUGAGGAGAGACCGGAAUGACUUCUGGGAAGGCAUUAAAGCACACAAUGCAGUGGUCACCUCUGCCAUUUUUGCUCCCAAUCCUGGCCUGAUGGUGGCACUGGAAGCAUCUGAAAAGCAAGAGGCUGAGAGUAAGGGAGAAGACUCUGAAGCGUCAGACACCAUACCCUCUGGAGCUCUGAAGACAGAUCACACAGAAGUGCUUUUAUCAGCUGACUUCACUGGAGCAAUCAAAGUCUUCAUUAACAAAAAGAAAUGUGUAUUUUAAUUGGUCUGCAGCUGCCAGCAGAAAGCCCUGGGACUGGGGGGUUGCAGGUCCAGGAGGAAUGUGGGCAGAAGAGCAAGGACACAGGCUGCUUGCCUUGGAAAUCUUUCUGCUGAGGCUACUCAAACAGUGCAGAGCAGUUUGUACCCAUCAACACCUGAUCCUGUAGAGUAGAAAGGGAUGUGGAAGGAGAAUCCUGCCAAGCCUUAGGCUCUCAACUUCCUACCGAGAGGAGGGGAGAAAUACAGGGGGGAAG